ACAAAUGAUGGAUCCCAAGAAAUCAAAGUCAAUCAUAGAGCUACAUUUAUUUAUUGAAAAUUUGAAAUUGACAAAUACGACUGACAACUCACCGUGGGAAUCUCCUCUCGUUUCUUCUUCUUCUUCGUCGACCGCCCAUUGGAUGAUCCAGUCUUUCUUCUACCAAUGACAUCAUUAUCAUCCUUCAGUGUCCUGUUGUGUUGGCGUCAACGCUUGAGCUUCUCUCUUCCCUCGAUUCCUUUUCGAUAUAUUCCUGCGGGAUAUUCCACUUGCUCAUGGCAUUUCGGCUACUGCACUGAUCGUUAUUAGAGAGAGGGAGGGAGGGAAACAGAGAGAGGCAGUGAGAGAUGGGGACACCUAUGAUGUGGGUGUUGCUCAUUGUGGUGGUUUUGAGCUCUCCCAUGGCCUCCAAUGGAGGAACCACAAGUAGGUUCGUUAGAAAGCUUGGGGCAUCCAAAGAUAUGCCUCUUGAUAGUGAUGUGUUCAGGGUACCGCCUGGCUACAAUGCUCCCCAACAGGUACAUAUAACACAAGGAGAUCAUAAUGGUACGGGAGUGAUAGUUUCAUGGGUAACAACGUCUGAGCCAGGAUCAAGCACCGUGUUGUAUGGUACUGCUGAGCACAAGCGAAAAUUCAGGGCAGAAGGUUCCGUUACUUCCUACAAGUUCUAUAACUACACUUCAGGGUUCAUUCACCACUGUCAUCUCAAUGGCUUGGAUUAUGAUACUGAGUAUUUCUAUGAGGUGGGAAUAGGGCACACAAGACGUCGGUUCUCAUUCAAGACUCCUCCAAAAGUUGGUCCCGAUGUUCCAUAUACUUUUGGCCUCAUAGGGGACCUGGGACAGAGUUUUGAUUCCAAUACCACACUUUCGCACUAUGAAUCAAUUAAGAAGGGGCAGACUGUGUUGUUUGUGGGAGAUCUUUCUUAUGCAGACAACUAUCCUAACCAUGAUAAUGUCAGAUGGGAUACAUGGGGAAGGUUCAUUGAGAGAAAUGCCGCUUAUCAACCUUGGAUAUGGACUGCGGGGAACCAUGAAAUAGACUUUGCUCCCGAAUUGGGUGAAACAGAACCUUUCAAGCCAUACCUUCAUCGUUACCAUGUACCCUACAAAUCAUCUGGUAGCACAUCCCCACUUUGGUAUUCAAUCAAGCGUGCAUCAGCAUACAUCAUUGUUCUUAGUUCAUAUUCAGCUUAUGGAAAGUACACACCCCAGUUCAAGUGGCUUGAACAAGAGUUUCAGAAGGUCAACAGAAAUGAAACACCAUGGUUGAUUGUCCUUAUGCAUGCACCAUGGUAUAAUAGUUACAACUAUCAUUUCAUGGAAGGUGAAACCAUGAGAGUAAUGUAUGAACCAUGGUUCGUGAAAAAUAAAGUAGAUCUCGUGUUUGCUGGUCAUGUUCAUGCUUAUGAACGCUCUGAACGAGUUUCAAACAUUGCAUACGAUAUUGUAAAUGGCCGAUGCACUCCAGUAAUAGAUCAGUCGGCUCCAGUCUACAUCACUAUUGGUGAUGGAGGAAACCUAGAAGGAUUGGCAAACAACAUGACCUAUCCACAGCCUAAGUAUUCUGCCUUCCGAGAAGCAAGCUUCGGUCAUGCUACACUUGAGAUAAAGAACCGAACUCAUGCUUAUUACAGUUGGCACCGAAAUCAGGACGAUGCAGCAGUGGUUGGCGAUUCGAUGUGGUUUUACAACAGACAUUGGGAUCCCAUGGUGGAACCCACAUCAGCAAUGUGACAAUAGCAGUUCUACUUUAGUUGUCGACAAGUAUAAUAAGAUGUUGGUAUUGAAUUCCAAACCAGAAUUCUCUGGUUUAUGCUGUGACCCUCCUCCUACCUCGCUGUCAACAGUUUCUAUCCUCUGUACUGUAUGUCCAAGAAAUAUGAAAUGUUCUUUUUAAUC